AUGGUCGCUGUGGUGAACUCGACGCUCCUACCGACGUACGAUAACAUCGAUGGCUAUGUUGAGGUCCUUAUCCGCCAAUCCUACCUAGCAGCAUGGAACAUGUUUCAUGCGUGGUUUGACACUGAUGGGCCGCUCGUGAAGGUCACGACACAGGAGGCGCGUAUCCGAGCUUCCGUCUCUUUUGCGCGUGUGUUUUCCUGGCUUGGGAUAAGCCUAUUAUCAACCGCUGGAGGCAUCAUAGUGUUAAGAAUGGCCGCGGGGUAUGCAGAAGACGACGAAGAGCGGAAUGAAGUUCAUGACGAGGUUAUGGCUCAGCUGGCUGGCGCUGCAGGGUAG